GAGCCCCUGCGCUAUGUGGCCAUUCUAACCAAUGGUGUAAUAGCUGGAAUCGGGCUGGCAAUUGCUGGAAGGGCCUUAGCUCUGGUCUUUCCUGCUUCCUUCCUCCUAAAGAGGCUUCAAUAUCAUUCUGUCAAUAUUCUCUCUUAUCCAUUCUGCCUGCACCAGGACCUUAUAAAGACAACUGUAUCCAGCCGUCGGGUCAGCAGCAUCUAUGGCCUCAUGGUGGUCAUCUGCUCCAUGGGACUUGAUUCAGUGCUCCUCCUCCUCUCCUAUAUUCUCAUCCUUGGCACAGUGUUGAGUAUCGCCUCUAAGGCAGAGAGGGUGAAAGCCCUCAACACCUGCAUCUCCCACAUCUGUGCUGUACUCACUUUCUAUACACCAAUGAUUGGGCUAUCUAUGAUCCAUCGCUAUGGGCAGAAUAUAUCCCCAAUUGUCCAUGUGCUCAUGGCCAAUAUCUACUUGCUAGUCCCACCUCUCAUGAACCCCAUUGUUUACAGUGUCAAGACUAAGCAGAUUCGUGAAAGAAUCCUCAAGAAAUUCAAGCAACAGAAAGUUUAG